AUGAUCGAUAUUUUUGGUGCCUAAUAUAGAUAAUAGAUCUAAUUAAACCAAAAAGUAUAGAAGUCUGUCUUAAGUGGGAUAUGUUCAUUAAUUGUUUUAGGAGCUAGUUUUGGUUAUUUUCUUUAUGUUAUGAAUGAAUGGUGGAGUUCGAAAAUCUUACCAAAAUCAACUAAUAUUAUGAAAGUUGAGAAUUACUCACAAAUUUAAUAUAAUGAAGAUUCCUUAUUUGAAUUUUGUUAUUGGAAGUAUAGUGAUAUGUAAAUUGAUCCAUUUAGAUUGUAGAAUAACAUAUUAACUCCUAUUGGUAUCUACUUUAUUAAUGGUAUUCCAUAAAAACCAUUUUCUCUCUUAAAUGAAAUACCAAUAAUGUCACCAUAUAAUACAAGUCUUUUAAGUGUUGAUAACCUUACUUUAAUUUAAAAUAGUGGUUUUGAUAACUCAUUAAAUUAUACAACAGAAUUGAUGAUAGUAAUUACUUCAUGUAAUUCCACACUAUUAAACAGUGGAUAUUAAUGCGCAUCUGAUUAGGAAAUUUAAGAAUUUUUUAAAAAGUCAGUAAAUUAUAUCAGUUUUUGGUUGAAUUUAAAGUAGUAUGAUCCAUACUCCUAAAAGUUUUAAGUUGUUAAGAAACAUUAUUAUUUAACCUUUGAUUCUGAAAUAUCUCAUUAAGGUUAAUUAAUAUUGACUUAAACAUAAGCUACUAUAGAUCAUGGAAUUUUAUUUAGUAAAUAUGAAUCAUAAAGCUAUAUUUACAAUGCUUAAUUGAUAACAAGUGCAACAUCUAAAUAAUUUUGGUCUACAUUAUUUAAACAAAAUACAUAUCUUAAUUUGUUUAUACGACUUGAUCCUAUGUCUACUGAUACAUAAAUAGUAUAUCCAAAACUCGGAGAAAUACUUGCUUAAGUAGGAUCAAUAAUGAGUAUGUUAAUGACUAUUCAAUAUAUCUUGCGUUAUUAUAAUGAAUAUAUGUUAGAAGUUGAUUUUGUAGAUAAAUUAUUGGGGUUCUACUAUCAAGAUUAUUUGGAAUUAAAACAAUCUAAAGAUAAACUAGACUUAAAAUUAUGUAAAGAAUUGAUAGAACAAGCUAAAAAGAAAUUAGUUUAUACUAAUAUUAUUUAUGAGUUGUCAAGGAUUUAAUUAUUCUUAUUACACCAUUUUGGAAGGAAUUAAUUAUUUUAAGCACAUUAAUAUGCUAUAUGUGCAAAGGAAGAAAUAAAAUCAGGUAAAUAUUGUUUAGCUUUUGAUAUUGCUACUAUUCCAAGGGUUGAUAGAAAUAGAGAAUAAACUGAUUAGCAUUUUGAGAAGGACGAUUUUAGUUUGUUAUGCAAAGGCAAAACUAAUAUAAUUAAAAAUAAUGAAGAUUUAGUUAGAAUUUAAUUAGAUGUAGUUAGUGCUUCAUAGAAAUCACUUUAUAAUUGA